AAUGCAUUAUACUCUUCCUCCUUCUCAAGUUUCAUACUAGCAUAUAUAUAUAUAUAAUUAAUCAAACUCAACCUCUUUUCACUUUAAUUUGUGUUGUACCCAUCACAAAAUUUUCAAGGCGGAGAUAGCUAGAUGGGUCAAUCCCUGAUGAAAUUUGCUCCAGGAAGUGAGGAAAAUAAGGCCAAGGAAAUCGGUCCUAUAAUAGAAAGCUGCUAUGAUACUUACUUCUCCGGUAAAGAUAAGAUUCAGGGCUCAGCCGAUUUCUUCCAGGCAGUGUGCGAGACGAUCGGAGAGAUAAACAAGAAGCUCGGCAGCACGCAGUUCCGGGUGCCGAAGUCAGAAACACUUAGACAGGUGUACCAAAAGCACCACCAAGGCAAAGGGAAAACCCUAACAAAGGAAGAGUUCCAGAAGAUCCUUCAAGAUGUGGUAAUGGAGACAGGAGUUUCUGGCAUUGGAGCCAAGGACUUAAUCCUCUACAUCUUUGGGGUUCCUGUGACUGCUCUGUUCAUCAAGCAGAGGAUCAUCCCCGGAGCACUCCCUAAUGAGAUUUUCAUCCCUGUUAUCACUUCUGCCACCGUUUUUGUUCUUGCCAAGCUUAACAAGAUAUGAAAAACACAAGAGUGUAUAUGUAUAAUGUAUGCAUGUGCAUGAAGUUGAAAUAUGUCCUUCAAGUUUCACUUUAUUAAUAGAGAAGAACUUAUUCACGGAGCUCCGUGAAUAAGUUUUUACGGAGGUGAGUCGUGCCCGUUCGUUUUGGGUUUUGGACGGUCCAUGAAUAAGUCAAUCUCUUAUUAAUAUCGCUACCCUCCUCUUUGAAAAUGUAUUGUUUUAAUUUGAUGUUGUUGGAUGAUCUUAAAUCAUGUCAAUUCCACAUGCCAUAUCAAUUUGCCUAUAACAUUGAUGCGCCUA